AUGGAGGAUUUACGCAAGAUGUUGAAUGGGUUAAAGCCAGUGAUAUUAAUGGUGAUGGUUCAGAUUGCUUUUGCAGCAGUGAAUGUGUUAUAUAAGCUCGCCAUUAAUGAUGGAAUGAGCAUGAGGAUUGCUACCGCCUAUCGUCUUCUCUUUGCAUCUGCUUUUACUGUUCCUCUCGCUCUUGUCUUUGAAAGGAACAAGAGACCAAAGCUUACUUGGAGAGUACUUUUCAUGGCAUUUCUUUGUGGCUUAUUUGGGGGAAGUUUAUUUCAAAACCUCUACUUUGAGGCUCUGGCUUUAACAUCGGCAACGUUUGUUUCUGCUAUUUACAACCUUAUUCCGGCCAUCACUUUCAUCUUGGCUAUCUCUUGUGGGUUUGAAAGAUUAAGUUUGGGAGCACCAGGAGGAAAAGCGAAGGUGUUAGGAACUAUAAUAGGCAUUGGUGGGGCAAUGCUUCUUACUUUCUUCAAAGGCUUCGAAAUUCACAUUUGGUCCUUCCACGUUAACCUUUUGCAUCCCCAUCAUCAUGACCAAAACGGCGUCGUAUUGACCCCACAACAUGCUCACUCAGAAUUGCUUGGUGUUCUCUGUGCCCUUGCAAGCUGCUUCUCCUAUGCCUUUUGGCUAAUUAUUCAGGCUAAGAUGAGUGGGGAAUAUCCGUGCUAUCUCUCAAGCACAUCUUUGAUGUCUACAAUGGGAUCAAUACAAGCCACUGUGUUUGCCCUCUGUAUGGAAAGAGAUUUUAAUCAAUGGAAGUUGGGUUGGAAUGUUAGGCUCCUGGCUGUUUCUUUUGCGGGGAUUGCUGCAUCUGGGAUGGUGGUGAUAGUGAUCGCGUGGUGUGUGAGGAUGAGGGGUCCAAUGUUUGCUUCUGCAUUCACCCCUUUAAUGCUUGUAAUAGUGGCCAUUGCUGCUUCUUUGACCUUGAAUGAGAAGCUCUACUUGGGAAGUGUGGUUGGAGCAUUGUUGAUAGUGUGUGGGUUGUACGUUGUGCUGUGGGGAAAGGGCAAAGAAAUGAGAACGAUGACUCAGUUGGUGCCAUCAUCAGAAAUGAGCCAACAACAUCAUCUUGAUGAGCCCAUUCAAGUUGUAGUCACCAACGUAUCAGAUCCUAACCAUCACAAGAUUUCGCCAGAGCAAUAAUAUAUGUGUAGUUUCUGCUAU